AUGUCCCAGAGAGCGGCGGCUAAGCUCUACAAAGUGCCGAAGACCACGCUCCGGCGGAAUCUGGAGGAGGAAGAACCUGAGAGACAUGAGCGAGGCCCAGUCCCUAUUCUGGGGGAGGAAUUGGAAGAAGCUAUCGUGUCCUACAUAAAGAAGAUGGCCCAACUGGGGUUUCCGAUAACCCGAAAAUGCCUCCAAGAAGUCGGUAGGAGCCUCGCGAGAGUGGCGUCCGAGAACGGAAAUCCACGGGCCGAAGAAAUUACAUCAGGGAAGAAGUGGCUGGAACUUUUCCUGAAACGUCACCAAUGCAUCUCGCUCCGAACGGCCGAGCACGUAUCAAACGCCCAGGCCAGCGUGUCCGAAAACGACAUCCGAGAGCAUUUCGAGAAGCUCGAGCGCCGUCUCACUGAGGAAGGCCUGAUCCAUAUCCUUCGUCAGCCGGAUCGAGUUUUCAACACCGACGAGACGUCAAUGUCCCUGAAUCCAUCGGGACAGAGAGUACUCGCCACGAGAGGCGCCCGAAAUGUUUAUUCUCGCGGAGGGUCGGACAAGGAGAGCGUCACGCUACUGGUCACCGGGAAUGCAGCGGGUGCACUGGCGCCCACUGCGAUCGUCUUGCGCCGGAAGACCCUGCCUGUCGCCCUCACCGAUCUCAUCCGUGCUGGUUUCUACCUGCUCAACUCGGAUAAGGGAUGGCAGACCGGGAAAACAUUUCUGGAGUAUCUCGAGAACAGUUUUACUCCAUUCCUGGUUGAAAAGGGAAUUCGAAGGCCGGUUCUGCUGUUCCUUGACAACCAUCGUUCGCACCUGGUUCUGGACGUUGUCUCUUACUGUGAAAGGAGCGGCAUCGUCUUGCUGCCCCUGCUACCGAACGCGACUCAUAUCUGUUGGGAUAAAUGA